AGCGUAGCUGUCAGUCAAAGGACCUUUAAAUGGCCACCCUGCGCUCAGAGCCGUAAUAAUAACGCUGUUACCGGGGAUUUAUAAACCUGAACACAGUCCGGGUUUAAUGUCGCCGUCGGCUUCUGUAAUAUUAACCGAUUAAGUUUGUUUGAAGAGCCUCAGAAUGAGCGAGGAGGAGCAGAAAGCCCGAUCCGGGUUCGAGGAUCUGUGUCGGGCUUUAAACAUGGACGAGGAGGCGAGCAGCGAGGCAUGGAGAAACUACCAGAACAUCAGCACCAACUACACUCUGGAGGGCAGUGUGCAGCAGUGGCUGGCCUGCUCUCUGUUCGUGUCCUGCAGAGCCUCUCUCCCCACCGUGGGGAGGGGGACGAGCGAGGGCAACUAUGUCUCUCUCAGCAGGAUCCUGCGCUGUGCAAACAUGAGCCUCCUGGACUUCUUCAGUAAGAUCAGGAAGUGGCAGGACAUGGCCGCUCUGCCUCAGGACUUCCGGCGCAGCACGGAUCAGCUGGAGAGGAACUUCACCGUGUCGGCCGUCAUCUUCAGGAAGUACGUUCCCAUCUUCAGAGCCAUCUUCAGGGCCCCGUCAGAGGAGCCCCCCCGAGUCCAUCGCAGCCGCAAGCAGAGACGCCAUCCCUGCACCGUGACCGAGGUCUUCCACUUCUGCUGGGUGCUGUUCGUCCACGCUAAAGGGAACUUCCCGAUGAUCAGCGAUGACCUUGUGAACUCGUACCACCUGCUGCUGUGUGCCCUCGACCUGGUCCUCACCAACGCCCUGCUCUGCCACGCUCGGAAGGACCUGCUCAACCCGCAGUUCAGAGGUCUCCCGGAGGACUUUGGCAGUAAGGACUUCCGCCCGUCCUCGGCCCCCUGCUGCUUCAUCCAGACGCUGUGUGAGCUGCACGACGGCCUGGUGCUGGAGGCCAAAGGAGUGAAGGAACACUUCUGGAAACCGUUCAUCAAGAAGCUCUUCCACAAGAGGAUUGUCCGGGGGAAAGAGGACAGUCUGACCGGCUUUCUGGACCCCAUGAACUUCGGAGACAGUUUUCUGUCCCUCACCCGGGUGUAUGAGGAGCACGUCCUGGCCACCGGCAGCCUGGAUGAGAGGAUCUUUGUUGGGGAGACAGCCAGCGAGGACAUCGGGACCCCGGGGCCCAGCCUGAGUGAGGGGGUUGUGGACCAGGAGAACCAGGAGAGCCCCCCCUGCAGGCUGCCCACCAGCCUCACUUUGUCCACUCCUCUGACGGGCCGGAGGUUCGUCCAGCAGAGCAGCUCCUCGUCUCCCGUGUCCUCGGCCUUGCAGAGCGUGGGCCGGCUGCACACGCUGCUUUCAGGGGCCACCCAGGGCCCCAGCGCUAAGCUAACGCUAACUCUCAGGAGCUGCGUCAGAGACCCCAGUGAAGCCAUCCGCCAGCGCCUGAAGCAGAUGUUCCUGCAGCUGUGCACACACUACGAGGGGGACCUGGAGAGAGACAGCACAGUGAGGUACUUCGGCCUGGGGGAGGCGCUGUACUUCCGGCUGCUGGAGUCCAUCACAGAGAGAGAGAAGAGGAUCCUGGGAGACGCUGACCUCUCCUGUAUUCUGGAGCAGGACAUGUUCCACCGCUCUCUGCUGGCCUGCAGUCUGGAGAUCGUGCUCUUCUCCUACAAACCCCCCGGAGACUUCCCCCUGGUGCUCAGCAUCUUCCAGCUCCCUGCGUACCACUUCUACAAGGUGAUCGAGGUGCUGGUGCGGGCAGAGCAGGGUCUGUUCAGGGAGGUGGUGAAGCACCUGAACCAGGUGGAGGAGAUGGUGCUGGAGAGGCUGGCCUGGAGCUGGGACUCCCCGCUGUGGGACAGCCUGCGGGGAGUCAAAGACCCCGUCCCCGCCUGCAAACAGGUGAUGCCACCUCAGUAUCUGGAGCAGAGCGAUGAGAGCAGCGCCCCCCUGCCCCCCCCCGGAGCGGACCCCCACCCCCACAGCAGCAGCUCCGUUAAAGGCAUGUCCCCCUCCCCCUCCUCGCUGCAGGACCGGUACAGCUCCCCCCCUGCCGCUGCCGCUCGCCGCCGGCUGUUUGUGGACCCGCCGGACGGGGAGCCUCGUGCACCCCCUCCCUGCAGCGUGGCCACCGUCAACGCCAUCCCCGUCCGGCAGACCGUUGUCACCAUGGCAACCGCCACCGUCACCGCCAACAAUGGGCAGACGGUCACCAUCCCGGUGCAAGGGAUAGCCAAUGAGAGUGGAGGCAUCACCUUUAUCCCGGUGCAGGUGAGCAUGACCCCCCCGACCCUCACCGUCCAAUCAGCAGCCAGCAAACCGCCCCGGCAGCCCCCCAGCAGCCCGCUGAGGAAGGGCUCUCUGCCACUGUUCUUCAGGAAGGUGUACCACCUGGCCAGCAUGCGGCUCAGAGACCUGUGUGUGAAGCUGGACCUCUGCUCGGAGCUCAGGAGGAAGAUCUGGACCUGUUUCGAGUUCUCUCUGGUGCACUGCAGCGGCAUGAUGCAGGACCGCCACCUGGACCAGAUACUGCUGUGUGCCGUCUACGUCACGGCCAAGGUGACCAAAGAAGACAGGUCCUUCCAGAACAUCAUGAAGAGCUACCGGACGCAGCCUCAGGCCGGCAGCAACGUGUACAGGAGUGUGUUCAUCUCAGGCAGGAGGAGGCAUCUAUCAGGCAGCAGUGACCAUCACACACAGCGCCCUGCUGACAGCAUACACAGAACAGGCGGAGACAGCAUUCCACUUCCUGUUCGCUGCAGCAGCACCCUGCCCCCCCCACAGCCUGGAAGCCCCCCCGCCAACACCUUCCCCUCCCCCUCUUCACCCCCAGAAGGAAGGGGGGAGGAGCGGGGAGAUCUGAUCCACUUCUACAACAACGUUUACAUCAAGCAGAUGAGAGGCUUCGCCCUGAGACUCUCUGCUGCAGUGCUGGAGACCCCGUACCCCUCCCUGAGGACCGGCUCCCCCCGCAGGAUGCUCCUCUCCAGCAAACACUCCGUCUACAUCUCUCCCCACCAGAGUGCCACGCCCCCCCGGGACAAGAUGUGCUACUACAUCUGUAGCAGCCCCCCCACUCGGCUGCAGGAGAUCAACAGGAUGCUGCGCAGCGGCGAGACUCCAAGCAGGAAGCGCAGCGCAGCUCCGGACGACGAUGCGGCCUCAAAGCGGGUCUGUAGCGAGAACCACAGCGCGCUGCUGAGGCGCCUGCAGGACGUCGCCAAGGACCGGGGGGGGGCAGUCUGAGACACACACACACACACGCACACACACACACACACACACAUGCACUAUCUGUCAGACCGUGUGUGAGACUAAAGAAGUGAUUUGUUUUUAUCGAUGAGUUUAUGUUGGCUCCACUCUUCAUUCUGGAGGGAAUAAGGAAUAAUAUACAACAUUUAUUCCACACCACAAAAUGUAGUCUCCCUAACCACGGUUAAUAAUCAGACCUGUACAAAAUACAAAGCUUUAAUAUUCUAUAACAUCACACAUGUUGUUCAAACUGAUAAAUGUACAAAAUGACCUCCGAAAUUGAAGAAGACUCAAAUAAUUCACGAGUUUGAACGUGAAAUUUACAAGAAAUUAAAUCAGAAAGAUACAAAACAUUUUUUGAAAGUUAUAACAAAAUUCUCAGUCAACUCAAAAUGAUAAUAUAAUCUCCCAGCUUUCCUUUUAUAAAUACGCUGCAGGCAGGAAACGUAAUUUAUCCAACAAUGGCCGAACACCCUGUUCAAGAAUUUCUACAUUUGGGAUCAAUAAAGCCCCCCCGACAUAUCUCAUUUCAUAAAUGUUAGAAAUCAAAUUCACGUUUGUAUUGGUAAUAUGAAGGCGUGGUAGAGUUUCUCCCUGGCGUUUAAUCCCCCCGUGAAUACCGGUAGAGACUGAAGUUAUUUCAUGGAGGUUUGAAGUGCCUUUAUUUUGUACCUGUUGAAAUGGAGUGUUUUAAAGUGCCCGGGUUAUUCUGCUGCGGUUUCGAUCCAUCAGGAUGCUAAUGUUCUAUUAAUGGAUGACAUCGACGUGCAGGCCUUCUAGCCUUCCAGCUGGUUCAGGAUGCUGCUGCACGCCUUCUGACGGGAACUCGCAGAGCACGUCACACCAGCACUCACGUCUCCACACUGGCUCCCGAUGAAGUCUAGAAUCAGAUUUAAAUGUUAGCUUGCCUACAAAACCCCGAAUGGUUUGUCCCCCCCUGACCUGACAGAACUCCUACAUCCUCCCGGUCCAGACUCCUCCUUGUGGUCCCGGGGUCGAGGCUGAAGCAGUGGGGGACGGGGCCUUUGCUGUACCAGCUCGCAGACUGUGGAACCAUUGCCCCCCCAAUCUGACUUGCUCCCACUUUGCCUGUUUCUAAAGCCCGUUUGAAAAACCCACUUAUUCUCCCGUGCAGACCCCCCAUAAGACCCGUCAGUCUGAGAUUUUAAACUGGGGUUUUAUUUAGUGUCAGUGUGGCUUUAUGGUUUACGGUCCUGUGUAUUACAUUGUUUGUGCUACCUGUUUGUCUUUUAAUACAUAUAUUUAUUGAUGUACAGCACUUUGGUCAACUGUUGUUUUAAAAUGUGCUAUAGAAAUGAAGUUGGAUUGUUCAGA